CCAUACACACGCAUACUACAGUCCUGUCUCCAUGCAAGAUUUGUUUGGACAGCGAAUGAAUCUGAAAUUCCACAGAGACCGGAACACACACACGAAGUAUGGUGACUGCCGUGCUACGCCUCUCAAGCAGGACUAAAGCGAUUCGGUGACAGGGAAGUGGUUUGACAAAGGUUUAAGUUGGCGUUAGUUAAAAGGGAAGAGAAAACGGAUGAGCAGGUUUUCCGGUUGCUACGUUGCAGACUUGCUAACAAGCUAGCAUCGGAGUUCUACAACCGGCUUCGUUAGCUUAGCUUAGCUUAGCUUAGCUAGCUAGCCAGCUAACGAGCUGGUGUAGCGACUGCUGCGGGGCGUUCAAGGCGGUGGGAGCUUUUAUUUAGGGCUUUAAUUUUGUUUGAAUUUUUAUUGUAACAUUGGCCAUUGUUGAAUUUUGUAGUAGCUGUUGUAAUAGUGAGAGCUUUGUCGAUGUGAGGGCAGACGAGUUGGUGAGGUUGGCUCGCUCAGGUAGUUAUGAGCAGUUUCAACAUUAGGACCCAAACCUCCAUGGUAAGGUCUUCUUUGGGCAGCGACAGUAAAGGCGUCGACGCUAUUAACAACAACAAGGAGUGGGAUUUGGGCAGCGAUGUGUUAUCGUACUGUAACGAGAUGAGUCCCAUGGAUGACACGAUGCAGGCGGGUAUGUCCUCCGUCCAGCCGGGACUGGACGGACACCUGCCGUUCCUACACCCCAGACACCACAGCACCCAGGACGGGCUGCUGUUCGACCUGAGCACCCCGGCUACCUUCCUCGACGGCGGCUCUCUGGAGUACAGCGACAACGACGGGAACGGCGCGGGUCCACUGUUCGAGAGGCGGAAGAGGUCGCGGUCCAACAGCUCCAGACACCGCUUCAACGAGGUGGUCACGGAGCUCGGUCCCGAGGAGGUGCGGUGGUUUUACAAGGAGGACAAGAAAACUUGGAAGCCCUUUGUCGGGCAUGACUCGCUUAAAAUUGAGCUGAUGUACCGGAAAUACUGUGAGCUGAACCCUGGUGCAGCAGGGUCCCAGGUCAGUGGUGGGCAGGAGGAGGAGUGCGGUAAUAACGGUGUGGAGAGCAGGGGGCUGAACGGUGCAGUGCCCGUGGAGACGAGGACCAGCUGUGUGCACGGCGGCCGGGGGUCCCUGGACACAUCCACGGUGUCAUCCGAGGAGAGGGACCCUGACAGCAUUGAAAUCAACGUGGAGCCUGUGUGUGUCCGGGGAGGGCUCUAUGAGGUGGAUGUUAGGGAGAAGGAGUGCAAUCCUGUUUACUGGAAGCAACAAGAUCAUAUUCCAGUCAUGAGAGGCCAAUGGUUUAUCGACGGCACCUGGCUGCCUUUAGACGAAGAGGAAAGCGACCUCAUCGAGCACGAGCACCUGAACCAUUUCCGUGGGCAACAGAUGCAGGAUACCUUCGAGACGGAUUUGGUGGUCAGGACCGUGGAUAGCAAAGAUGUUCUCUCCCACCUGCCCCCUUUCUACCUCCCUUUUCUGUUCAAAUGGAGUGGAUAUCAGAGGAGUGCUAAAACUACAUGUCACAAACGCAAACGCUGCCAAGCCAUCCACAGCCUGAAGCUGAGUCGGACCCACGUGGAUUGGCACAGCGUGGAUGAAGUUUACCUCUACAGCGAUGCCACCACUUCCAAAAUUGCACGCACAGUCACCCAGAAACUGGGAUUCUCUAAAGCCUCCAGCAGUGGCACACGGCUCCAUCGGGGUUACGUUGAGGAGGCCUCACCUGAGGACAGACCCCCUCAAACUACGCACAUUGUCUUUGUGGUCCAUGGGAUUGGACAGAAAAUGGACCAGGGACGCAUAAUUAAAAACACUGGAAUGCUGAGGGAAGGUGUGCGGAAGAUGGAGGAGAAGCACUUUUCAGAGCACAAUGACGAGCACGUGGAGUUCCUGCCUGUCGAGUGGCGCUCCAAACUUGCACUGGAUGGAGAUACAGUAGACUCAAUAACACCUGACAAAGUGAGAGGACUGAGAGAUCUUCUCAACAGCAGUGCCAUGGACAUCAUGUACUACAACAGCCCCCUUUACCGGGAUGAGAUCACCAAGGGCCUAACACAGGAGCUAAACAGACUCUACACACUAUUCUGCUCCCGGAACCCCGAGUUCGAGGAGAGGGGAGGCAAAGUGUCCAUCGUGUCCCACUCCCUCGGCUGCGUCAUCACCUACGACAUCAUGACGGGGUGGGAUCCUGUGCGCUUCUGUCAGCAGACGCAUCACGCUGUGGAGGAGGGGCUGGACCUGCGCUGGAUGUCUUACGAGGAGAGGCACGUUGUGGAGCAGCUGCGGAUCACGAGGAACAGGCUACAAGAGCUGGAAAAUAAACUCCUCAUACAUGAGGCCUCAAAAGCCCCAGCACGCCCAGCUCUCAAAUUUAAGGUGGAAAACUUCUUCUGCAUGGGUUCCCCUCUGGCGGUGUUCUUGGCUCUGAGAGGGAUCCGUCCUGGUACGAGCUGCCACCAAGACCACAUCCUGCCCACCCCCAUCUGCAGCAGGCUCUUCAAUGUCUUCCAUCCCACAGACCCUGUGGCCUACAGACUGGAGCCACUCAUCCUCAAACAUUACAGCAAUGUCGCACCUGUUCAGAUACACUGGUGUAGCGCCACUAACCCCACACCCUACGAUGAGAUCAGGCCUACUUUCCUGACCCCGGUCAAAGACCCAACAUCCGACACUGAGAGCAUCCCCAGCCCGAGCACGUCUCCUGUACUCGCCCGCAGGCACUACGGAGAGUCCAUCACCAAUCUGGGCAAGGCCAGCAUACUGGGAGCGGCGAGCAUAGGGAAGGGCAUCGGAGGCAUCCUCUUCUCACGUUUCUCCCGCUCCAACAGCCAGCCCUCAGUGUCUUUAGGCCUGGACGUAGGAACAAACACUGAGGAGGAGGAGCAGAAGCGGACGGAAAGCCAGUCAGCAUAUGGCCUCUCCACCAUCAUCCGGCCAACCUCACCCAUCACUGACACAUCAUUGGAGCUGGAGCGGCGCAUCGACUUCGAGCUCCGAGAGGGCCUGGUGGAGAGUCGCUACUGGUCGGCGGUGACCUCCCACACAGGUUACUGGUGCUCACACGACAUAGCACUCUUCCUGUUGACCUUCAUAUACAAGCAGAAGUCGAUAACCUCUGACCCAGAGGAAGAUGCUCCGGAUCCGGACUGAGGCAGCACAUUCGUCACAACACAUACCUGACACUUGAAUGGUGUCUUAUAACUCUGAGACGGACGUGUCACCUUCUUGACAAGACACAAAAUAAACCUCAUUUAUUUUCAUGCACACAAACUGCUCAGACACACUAACAUCCUUUUUCCCUCCUACAUCUCUCCAUGAUCCAGCUCUUUGAACUCUUGGGAAUCAUUGGUGACAAACUGACUUCAUUCCAAGAUGUGCAUUUUGGUCUCUUUUUGUGUAGUUAGUACACAAUCGCACACCCUAAGGGUGACAAUGUUGGACAAGGAACCCCUAAGGUGGUGCACCUUUUGCCAGUAUGACCGCAAGCUACAGUAUAGACACGGAAUAAGAGAGGAAGAUCGUCCUAACGUCAUCCCCAAGUCUUCAACCUCAAACAGCCUGUUGACAAAGUGUCCAUACGUGUCCUGUUGAUUGACGCUUAAACCCCGACUCCCUCCCACUGACUCAUUUGGAGCCUUGUGACACACUUGCUUGACCCUUAGUCGCUGAGACUUCGAGUUCUGUGUCUGUUCUUUAAAAAAAAAAAAACAGUGAGGAAAAUAAUUGUGGAGGAAAAAAAGUAGUUUUGUCUUUAAAAUGAAUCUUUAGCUACAUCUCAAAAACUUAAUGCUAACAAGCAAAUGCAAUGCCUUUCAGAUUUAGCCAAAUAAUAUUACUCAUGCAGAAUAUUUCUGUUUAGUUUUUUUCUGAACGAAAACGUAGGGCAUUAUCCCUUUAAUAAUGUGUUAAAAGAACGAAGAAUGACAUAACAAACGUCAUAUUUUUAGUUUGUUUUUCUUCCUCUUCUUUUUAUGUUUGCCUCUUUUUUUUUUAACAUAGUUUGACUCUCGAAAUAGAUAUGCACCAAAUAAACCACGAACAAAGCACCACUUUUAUACACAGUCAACUAAAACAGAAUCUCCGUUUGAGUAGCAGGCACAAAAUGUCCCUGACUAACACACAACAGUUACAGCUGAACAUCCUGCAGGACGUCAUUAGCUCCCAUGUGACAUGUACUGUACAUACAGAGGUUUACAACCACGUGAGGCUGUGUCAUGUUAGCAUCAUUUAAGCUCUUAAACAAGGCUGGACAUGUAAAGUUAUUUUCUUACACACUGUUUAUCUUUUCAAAUCUCUCGAUGAUGUCAUUUCCAAGUCGAGAGGUCUUUUCCAUUCAAGCUAAUGCUUCUAUAUCAAGGAUGAGUUCUUGAGAGAAUUUUCUGUGCUGUAUCUUUAUAUUACUAUCCAGAUGAAAUCAGUGGUACUAGAUGUAUUUUUUCUUAAAAGAAAGAAUUAUUUUUCCAAGUGAUUUUCAGGCUCUUGUGGAUAUAAACCUGGAUCUCAUCUGUGGGAAAAUGGGAUUCAAACACGCGGCCAAACAACAUUCACGUGUCUCGCUUAUUAGCUGCUUGGCGUUAGUCAUUCUGAGGCGUACUCCAUGACAAAAAGAGUAAUUGGUCUAGGGUAAAAAUAGCGUCUUUUUAUUUUGAGGCAUCUGUGAUUCACUGCACGCAGAGGUUAAUUGUAUGUCUUUUGCCUUUUCUUGUGACCAUCUCACACCUUACUCAUUUGAGCAACGGAUAUGUCAGCUUGUCUUUUUAUCUGUAUGAAAGAAGGGUUUGUUUAGUCUUAAAAAAAACAUUGGAUUUUAGUCCAAAUUUUAUUCCAAUUUUAUUUCAAAAAGGACAACCAGAGAGAGAAAAUCCUGAUUUUUAUUUUCUAAACAUGUCUGUUGCUGCUUCAUGAAUCUUGCCUUAGGAUUGUCAGAGCAGUUAUUAAAAAAUCAUGAUGGAUCGCACAAAUGUGGUCCUUUUAAAAACACACCUGAUAAUGAAAAUGUACUCACUUUGCAUGGUGUUAUUUAUAGUAAAUGGAUGUUAGAGCAAGAAGACAUCGCAGAGAGUGCCAACACACAUCUAAGAAACUGCUUUGUGUUCCUUACUGAGCAGAAAACCGCUCAUUAUUGUUUAUGGACUUCUAAUGAAAUCAUUUCUAAGACAUUUUGCAAUGGAUGAAGAAAUGGAAUCGCCCUCUGAUUGGAAUUAGUCACAAGUGACAGACUUGAUUAUCACCAGUGUCAAAUUUUCCUCAUCACAAUAUCAUAGUCAACAAAGAGCUUAUUUUUUAAUUUGCUAUGGUGCAAGCUGCUGCGUUAUUGUUCCACACAAUCAAGGGCUGUUGUCGACUGGUCCACCGUCGGAUGGAAUCCAUUUUAUUGGCAUUUAAUGUCUGAGUUAUUUAUGCAAAAGGCCUACUGACUGAAACCAGGCUGCCUCUCGGAUGACCAGAGAAGAAGGGGAAGUGGUGUGGAAGCAGGGACAAAUGUGGGAGUGUUUAUAUUUGAUCCGGUGGAUCUCGCCCAUUCAUCAGCUAUGAAUUGCACAUAAAUUAUCUAGAAAACAGCCCGUUGUUGAUGUUUAUUUUCACUGAGCAUGUGUGACAUCACAGCGGUAGAUACAGGAAGCAGUUGGCUUGCAAUUUACUUGGGGACCUUAGACCUGUAAAGCAAAGGACAGAUCCAUUGUUGCCUCUCGUGCAGGUUCAGACAGCAGAUAUGUAAGAGUGGACGGACCAUUAUAACUAUGACAACAAUGUUCCUGCCAGUGUGUGUUUCCAAAAUGAACUUUGCACAUUUUCUGUUCUAGCAAUUCAAGCACAGAUUUCUAGCUGUGUUCACUGCUUGCAAACAAAGCAACUAAACUGCAGAGCAUUAAAGAAAACCUUGUACUUUUGACCACAUGAGCAUUUAAUGCACAGCGUUUUGAAUGAUGACAGUAUAUUUUUCUUGUUAAAAAGCACCACAAGCGUCAGGGAAACGUCUACUGUUCUAUGUUUUGUCGAUUUGACACCAGUUUGAAGCCAUUAUUAGGUAAAAAAAAAAAAAUGAAAUGUUCAGACGUACAUGAGGAAGGGCCUGCAGCCAUAUGUAAUCAGUCACUGAGUGAGCAAAAAGAAAUAAGCAUUAAAAUUAAUUGUGGGUGUUUUGAAUGAAAUGUGUUCAAUUCGUGCUCUAACUCUGAAUGGAAGUGUUUUCGUCUGUCCUUAGAGCUGUGCAAUAACCCAUGCCUGUAAUGGAUUCUAACUGCCAUCCAAAGCACUGUAUUUAUUUCCUUUUAUUAAAGCAUUUUCUUUUUUUGGA